GAUAUUAAAUGGUGUGAUUAGCAUAUGAAGGAUGCGAAAUUUUCUUAAUCUGAUGAUCUUGAUGCUGGAAAAAUUGUGUAGGUUGAUAUGGCGCGAGGGCGUGGUCGGGGGCGUGCCAGGAGGCCGACCCGAUUUGCAGAUGGCUCCACGGCUUGGGCACCCUCUGGACAGCAGGAAGAUACCUCAUCCACGCCGACUCGGAGUGUGCCACAGCAGGAGCACACUAUGGACCCUACUGGUAGUACUCCAGAGAUGGGAGCUCCGGAGAUUGGGACAUCCGAAGGACCAAGUAUUCAGCUUGAGGAGACGAUAAGUGCUUCACAGUUGAUGCAAAUGAUGGUGCAACAGCAGGCUGCUGCCAGGGAAGAUAUAAUGAGGAUGGUAGAGGUGCAGCAACAGUUCUUGCAGCAACAGUUGCAGCAGCAGCAAGCUAUGUAUCAACAACAGCAGCAACAACAGUUCCAAGGCACUACAGCUCAGCCGGAGCACCGAGUCAGUCUGUUGGAUUUUCAGAGGUAUGCACCCCCAGCAUUUAAAGGUACAGCUGACCCGAUGGAGGCUGUGAGCUGGCUGAAACAGAUGGAGAAAGUCUUUCAAGCUCUGAGGUGCCCUGAUGAGGAGAAAGUUCUUUUUGCCACAUUUAUGUUACAGGGUGAGGCAGCUGACUGGUGGGAGAUGGAGAAAGGGAAGCUUGGUCCGGAUGAUGCCCCCUUCAUUUGGGAAGAAUUUAAAAAGGUUUUUCAUGAGAAGUAUUUUCCCCAGGGUAUCCGAUUCCAAAAAUAUAGGGAGUUUGACCGACUGGAGCAGGGUGAUAUGACAGUUGCUCAGUAUGCAGCAAAGUUUGAAGAGAUGUCCCGAUAUGCUCCGACUUUGAUAUCAGAGGAAAGUGAUCGAGCAAGGAAAUUUGAAAAUGGGCUCAGGGGAAGGAUUCAACAACAAGUCGCUGCUUUUGAACUAUCUAGUUACAAAGAUGUGGUCAACAAAGCCCUAGUGAUAGAAAAAGGGCUUGACAACGCCCAGGCUGCUAGAGAAAAGAAUAUGAAGAAAAGGUUUCGAUCUACUGAUUCUCCGAGCCAAAAUAGUAGACCUUUCAAGUCGAAGGAUCAGAGACCGAACCAAGUUGUCACCAGAGAUAAAGGACAAGCUCGAAGUGCUAUUAGAUGCUACCGCUGUGGAGGACCUCAUCUUAAGCGAGACUGCACCUGGAUUGGAGGGCCAUGUUUUUCUUGUGGUCAAGAAGGGCAUAAGGCUGUUGUUUGUCCUAGUGGGAAGGAACAGCAGAGGCGACAGGCACCUCAGUCUUCUCAGAGAGCCCCUGGAAAUCGAGCACCUCAGGAGGGACAACAACAAGAGGGAGGGCAGCAGAGGCCUAGGACCCAGGGUCGGAUUUAUGCACUCACAGAGCAAGAUGCCAAGGCUUCUAAUUCAGUGGUGACAGGCAUGAUUAGGUUAAUGUCAUAUGAUGCAAAUGUUUUAUUUGACUCUGGUGCUACCCACUCAUUCAUAUCGGCCAAUUUUGUUAGAAAGAAUACUGAAAUAUCACCAGUGCCAUUAGAAUUUGAUCUAUGUGUCUCAACGCCAAGUGGAGAUGUUAUAUUAGUUAAUUCAGUUUGCAAGAACUGUAUAUUGGGCGUUGAGGACAGGGAAAUGAAUGCAGACUUGUUGGUCUUAGAGAUGAAUGACUUUGAUUUGAUUCUUGGAAUGGACUGGUUGGCAGCAUACCAUGCUACUGUUGAUUGUUUUGAGAAAACGAUCAAGUUUCAGAUCCCUGGUCAGCCAGUGUUUGGGUUGGUGGGUAGCAAGUCACCUCAUCAAAUGAAAUUAAUCUCAGCUCUACAGGCUAAGAAGCUUCUCGCAAAAGGUUGUGAAGGAUUCUUAGCUGCUGUGUUAGAUACCCAGAAAGAGGAGCCCAAGUUAGAGAAUAUCCCUGUGGUGGCAGAAUUUCCAGAUGUGUUUCCAGAUGAAUUGCCAGAAUUACCCCCUGAUAGGGAGAUUGAAUUCUCCAUCGACUUGAUUCCUGGCACUGGUCCAAUUUCAAAGGCUCCAUAUCGAAUGGCUCCAGCUGAAUUGAAAGAGCUGAAGGAACAACUAUAG